AUGGCUGUUAUCGGAGCUCCAAAAGGACAUGAUCGUUAUCGUGAUCCCAAAACACAUCAGAUGACUCCUGCUUUAUACAGAGUAAGAGCUCCUUUCUUCUGGAAAAACACCAUUGGAUUGGCCAUCUGCACUGCUAUACCUUUGGGAGUAUACAUGUACACUUUGCAUAUGUUAAGUAAGGACGAAUUUGGAGAUAUCCCUAUUCCUCCAAUCUCUGAUACUGAGCUCACCAAGUUGAAAAAGGAGUACGAAGCCAGCAAGAACCAGAACUGA